UUCUCGAAUCAUAUGGAUUUUCGUUAUAUAUUUUUGAAAUAUUGUGUAAUUAACUCAAUGCGCAGUUGAUCAGUUAUGUUUAACACAAUCAAAACCUGUGCGAAAUUAAUUACCCGAAGAAGUAACAAAAGUUUAGCUGAAAAGAAGCCAAAAAUACCGAAGCCGAAAUUGAAAACACUACCUAUUUUUCAGUAUCCGGUAGGCCAAGAAGAUGAUCGAAGAAUUUACGUGUGGGGUUUAGCAGAGCAUGGAGCGUUGGGAACGAUAGAUAGGGUUAGAACAAUUGAUAAUAUUUCAUUCAUUCCAAAACCGAGCCGGUUAAAAUUUGGAGAGACGCAUAAAGUUGUCGAUUUAACGUGCGGUUAUGGAUUUACCGCUUUUGCUGUUCACUCCAAGGAUAAUAAUAUUCUUUAUGGCAGUGGAAUCAACACAGAUUCUCAAAUUGGUUACCAUCUUACAGAUAAAAAAUUUAAAGAUGACAUUAUAACGACACCAAGGCCGAUAAAUUUGCCUCUGAAGCAACCGAAAACUCAAGUUGUAGGAUUAGCUGCAGGACGAGCUCAUUUAUUAGUUUUAACGACUGAAGGUCUUUUCACUUUAGGCAAUAAUGGAUACGGUCAAUGUGGAAGACCGAUUAUUAAUAACGAAGACUAUAACAAAAAUGCGAUUGUACAUCAUAUACCGGAUAUUAAAGGAAAUCAAAUAAAAGCUGUCUCCGCAGGACAGGAUCACAGCAUUAUUUUAACAGAAAAUGGAGAGGUUUUUACCUUUGGCUGGGGAGCAGAUGGGCAAACAGGUCUUGCCCAUUUUGAAAAUGAAUACAGACCUACUCUAGUCAAGGGAGAUAUUGCAGGAGAACGUAUUACUAAAGUAACCUGUGUGGCUGAUUGUGUCUUGGCACUUAGUGACAAGGGUAGAGUUUUCGGUUGGGGAAAUGCAGAAUACGGCCAACUGCCCAAUAAAAGUGGAACCCAACAAAUAAACAUAGCGACAGAACUAGAAUUAUGCAGAGGCCUUGGAAGAAUUGUAGAUAUCGCAGCUGGAGGAAGUUUCUGUAUGGUAUUAAAUGAUGUGGGAGACGUUUUCGUGUGGGGCUAUGGAAUUUUGGGAUUUGGUCCGGAUGUACGAAAAACGCUUAAACCGACGCUUCUUCCUGCCACGCUUUUCGGCAUAAAUGCUUACGAACGCAAUGUUCAAGUGUCUAAAAUAAACUGCGGAAUAAGUCAUCUUGCCGCAGUUACGAAUAAGGGAGACCUUUUCAUGUGGGGUCGAAAUAAAUUUGGAUCCCUUGGAUUGGGCCACAUGAACGAUCAAUUUUUCCCCCUCAAGGUUUCUGUGGGCGCACAAGUAAAAAAAGUCGCAUGUGGCGUCGAUCACACAGUUACGCUCUGCAAACCAUUUGUAUAAAAACAAAUUAAAGUCUCAAUUCCGAAUGUAAUUAAAA